CCCAAUCCAGCCUCUAUAGCCAGUGCAGUUUGUGUGCAGUCCUGCACUCAGGUGGAAACUUCAAAGCACGUCACACUCUCACAGCAACAGCAACAGACACAAAGCAGACUGAGGCAGCAUGAACUCGGGCACGGUACAGUAUUCUGGAGUGAAGUGCAGUGACGAAAUUUCCAGUGUGCUUACAGAGAACGACUAUUACUCCAAAAAGAAACGAUACGUGAAAAAAGAUGGAAGCUGCAACAUGGUUAUGCGGCACGUUCCAGAGCAGUGGCUUCUCUGGGUCACUGACAUCUUCACCACCCUGGUGGAGAUCCGCUGGAGGGUCAUGCUCUUGACAUUUGCCCUCUCCUACAUUUUAUCAUGGCUCUUUUUUGGAAUUUUGUUCUGGAUCAUCGCAUUGACCCACGGCGAUAUGAAAGACCCCAACAAUGAGCCGUGUGUUUAUGAGGUUCGAAGUUUUACCGCUGCUUUUCUAUUCUCAUUAGAGACCCAGACCACCAUUGGUUAUGGUUUUCGGGGAAUGUCUGAGAAUUGCAUGAUAGCUAUCAUUGUAGUUACCAUCCAAGAUGUCAUCAGCGUCUUCAUUGACACGUUUGUCAUCGGCAUAGCAGUCGCCAAGAUGGCAUCCGCCCGCAAGAGAGCCCAAACUGUUGGAUUCAGCAAUUGUGCGGUGAUCAGCUUACGAGACGGUCACCUAUGCCUGUCAUGGCGGGUCGGGGACUUCAGAAGAAACCACAUGGUAGAAGGUACGGCUCAUGCACAGCUGGUACGGCACCUGGCACACAGCACAGGAAAAGUUAACGUUACAUACAAAUAUCUCAACAUUGAAGAGAACAACAUCAUCCUGGCCACCCCAACAACCAUAGUCCAUAAAAUCACCCCUGACAGUCCUCUAUACAAGGUGAGCUUGAAGGACCUGAGGAAGGAGAGCUUUGAGCUGGUGGUCUCUUUCACCUACACAGACGACUGUACGGGCAUCCUACACCAGACACGCACAUCCUACAUGCCAAGUGAGAUUCUGUGGGGCCAGCAGUUUCAGGAGAUGAUCAGGGUCACCCGCAGGAACUACAGAGUGGACUACGCCCUGUUCAACCACACAGUUAAAGUCCUGGUCCCAGAAUUAAGCGCAGAGGAGUAUGACCUAAAGAAGUACUCUCAACAGCCAAAACACAAACCACUCCACAUAAGAUCUCCAACGGCAGCUGUGGAAUUGGUUAAUGGGAAUAGUUUUGAGGCAGAAAAAGCAUCCACAAGCAGCGCUGUCCAAGAACACGAGCUAUAACAGCGGCCCUGAUGCAUCCUGACUCUGCUAUAGCACUUUGAAAAAGGGCUUCCUCAAAGGGCAUCCCUAUUGUAUGAAAUAGCGCACUUAUAGUUAGAUUUAGACAAGGGUGUGCUGUAAGUUAGCAGGAAGAUCUUAAAAGUCCCUUUUAACACAACAGUAUAUGGAAUAUCACAUUAAAGCCCUGUCUGCACUUUUGACUUUAAUGAUAAUCCAAUUAGAGCACUAUAUUCAAAAUAAUAUAUAAGUUUUGUUUAAUUAGUAUUUUAUUUAUGUUGUAUAUAUUCUACGUGGCAUUCAGCAGCCUUGCACAAACUCAGCAUCACUUUAUAUCACUGAUAUCACAGAACUACUACAGAUUUGAUGGACAUUACAGACUCUUCUUCUAUGACCUUGAAGGUUCUUUGAUAUCCAGAGAUGUAAAAAAGGACUUCCUUGAUUGAAUUAUGAACCCAAACCUUCAACCUACAUAAGAGGAAAUGGAUCAAUUAUAAUGACAGUGACGUUAACCGGACCAAACUGUGGUCAGUCAGUGUGUCUCUUUGGCAUUAGCUGAGUAAGUGCAGAGCACUGUUCCACCUUAUUUUGCAAAGUGGUUAACCUUUCCAUCCAAACAACUAAUAAAAUCUUUUGGAAACAGAGCCCCAGUGGCAAUUUUCAAUAUUUACACAGCAUGCAUCAAAUUCGCCUUAGGACAAUCUAACGGUUGAUAAAUGAGUAUUUAGAAUUCAUUGUCCAAUGUAUGACUGUUGAAAGACCUCCCCUGUUGCAACCAAGCAAUUCUGAAAUAUUUACAUCAUAUUUUAAUAUAAAUGUAUUUAUCUUAAUAUUUAUACGAUGUUACAUUAAACCACUUUUUGGAGAAUCCUCAUAAAAUAUUAUUUCAAUAAAUUACUGUUGUUAUAUAUAGUCACGUUUUACAAUUGUUAAACCGCACACUGAUGUUAUCACACUGACCACAUCUAAUAAUUUGGCAUGACAAAAAAGUUCAGGAUGUCCUCUUCAAAACAGACCAGGACUCAAAACAGUGGCAUGUAUGGUCUCUGAGAUAUUAACAAAAAACAUAUGUCUACUACAGUGAAUAAAAUUUGCUGGGUCCCAGGAGGUUUUCCUCAGAAAGUGAAGUCUCCAGCCCUCCACCUUGUGGUUGGAUGCAGCGCUGUCCAAGCAUCGCCUCAAAUUAGGCUGAAAGGUAAACAGAGGCCGGACAGCUCAUGCACCACGUAUCGCCUAUAAAUAGUCUGUAUUAUUUAUAGACUUGAACAAGAAAGUAACUAAAAUAAGCACUUUGCAACAGCUUCACAAAUAAAAGUUUAACACGGCUCAUUAGUUAUGAUAAGUAAGCAGUGUGUGACACGCAGCAGCCGGGAAGGGCAAAGGCCUGCGGAACACUUACUGCUGGGUUUUCAUUGGACCACUUAUAAAGAGAUGGAGAAACAUUCCUCUGACUGAACAAUAAAUGAUCAUUAAUUACUUUCACAAUGGUCUUGAAUUGCUGAUUCCCAACAAUACAGUGCACAGUCAUUAUAUAAGAUAAAGAAGACA